AUGGGAAUUAUCAGAGAUUAUUUGAAAUAUGUAAAAGGUCCUGUAUUUAAUGUCAUAACUGGCCCGAAAGGAAACAUUAUAUUUAAUAAAGAUAAAAACUUGUGCUUGACAUCAAGCUCAGAGGAUGUUGCUUCAUAUGAUUUAAAAACUCAGGAAAAAGUCAAAUGUUAUUAUGGCGAAACCUCAGAAGUUACCAUCUUAACGAAUAAUCAUACUAAUGGCGACAUAGCAGUUGGCUAUAGAGAUGGUUCUUUGCAAGUAUUUCACAUAAAUGAUCAGGAAUCCUUUAUCACUUUUAAUGGUCAUAAAUCUUCCAUUACUGCUUUAAAUUAUGACAUUAAAGGUUACAGAUUAAUAUCAGGCUCACAAGAUACAAAUAUUGUUGUUUGGGAUAUGAUAAGUGAAACUGGACUUUUUAAAUUUAAAGGUCAUAAGGGCAAUAUUACACAAUGUCGUUUUCUUCCCACAUCAAGGAGAUGUUUAUUAGGAGGAAUUUCAUUAAAUUUAUCAGAUGAUAAUUAUAUAUGUGAAGACAUAAUUAUAUCCUCAUCUAAAGAUGGUGCCAUGAAGUUUUGGGAUCUUAAUGCUCAACACUGUUUUAAAACACUGUUUGAAAAUUCUUUAGAGAUUUUAGAUUUUAUCCUAAUUGAUGGAACAUUUAGUAGAUUCUCAGAGAAUCUAAAAUCUUCAAUAGAUUGUAAUAAUGAUAUGGUAACCAAGAAAAUGGAUAUUUUAAAAUUUCGCCUCAUUUCUUUAACUUCAGAAAAUUCCCUUAAAAUGUGGGAUAUCGAAAAACAUAAUUCAGAGAAUAUAAAAUCAAAUUCAAACAAUACAGAAUUAUUAAAAACAGAGGAAGAAACAAUAGUAUAUGAUUCUCUGUUAGAUGUAAAUUAUAUUGGGCAAAUAUAUCGUAACUCCAAAUCACUUGGUACUCGAUUAAUGUCAGAUCAAUCCUUUAAAUAUAUUGGUUGCCAUGGCAAUGACAGAACGCUAACCCUUUACCAAAUUACCCCGGAUGCCAAAUUAAACAAAAUUUAUCGUAAGCACAAGUCUAGUCUCAUAUCUUACAAUGAUAACGUUAAUGUAGCCGAGAACUCCCUACUUCCCGAGAGACUAGUGGAUUUAGAGAUUAAACCAUUCGAAGAAGACAUAGUGUUAUUGGAUGCGAAAAUUAAGUCCGCCCAACUUUCAUCAAGUCAUCAUACCUCAACAAUUUCCUCCGUCGAUACUGGCAAAAGCGGUAAGCGGAAUAAGAAGAAAAGGUUGAAGGGUAGGGAUGGGAGUGCGCCAAAUGUAGAAAUUUUGAAGGCUUUCAUAAUGCAAAGCGACAACAAGAUAUCGCAAUACGAAUUUAGCUUUGAUUAUAGUAGCGUCGGCAAAAGCUCCGAAAAUCGUGCGAAAGAAUUCGAAGGCGAUGAUGUCGACAUCGAGAAAAAGUGUGGGUGGCGACUAACCUCCCUGUUAGAAAGUCAAGGACACUCUUCCGACGUUCGGUCUUUGGGUGUUAGCCAGGACCAGUCCUUGAUACUCUCCUCCAGUGGAGAAAGCGUCAAAAUAUGGAAUAGAUUAAAUCAGAGAUGCAUAAGGACUAUGCCCUGCGAAUAUGGCCUGUGUUCUUUAUUCUUGCCCGGCGACAAAUUCAUAGCUGUCGGAUCUAAGACUGGGAGAAUUCAUUUGUACGAUUGUCAAACGGGUGAGUUAUUGGAAAACGUCGAAGCUCACGUCGGUCCAGUGUGGGCCAUUUGCUUGCAUCCUAACCAGACGUCUAUAAUUAGUGGCGGAGGCGACAAAACCGUUAAAUUUUGGGAAUUAGAACUUGUCGAGGAUUUGGUUUAUUCGCCGGUCCUCAAACGCUUGACGCUUAUUAACAGCAGGUCCUUCGUUCUGCCCGACGAUAUUCUAUGUCUCAAGGCUAGUCCGGACGAAAGAUUCCUGGCUGUCGGUUUGUUGGACAACACGGUGAAAAUCUUCUAUUUGGAUACGCUCAAGUUUUACUUGUGUCUCUACGGGCAUUCCAUGCCGGUCACGUGCUUGGACAUAAGCUCGGAUAGCGAUCUUCUCGUGACCGGUUCCAACGACAAGGUGAUCAAGAUAUGGGGAGCCAAGUUCGGUGAUUGCCACAAAACCCUGUUCGGCCAUUCGGAUACUAUUACGAAUGUUUUGUUCCUUCCGCCCGCUAACGUGUUUGAAAUGGGAGGCCAAGAAAGACUGGAAAGAGACUCGCAUCUGUUUUUUAGCGCGGGAAAAGAUGGGCUCAUCAUCCAAUGGGACGCUGAUAAAUUCGAAAAGAUUUUCGUUUUGAAGGGUCACCACGCUGAAAUAUGGAGCGUAGCGGUAUGCUCGACUUUCCUGAUAUCGGCGUCGCACGAUAAAACUUUGCGAAUUUGGUACAAAUCGGACGAAAUCAUUAAUCCUAAAGAAGAAGCAGAAAGGGAGAUGCUGGAAGCUAGCGAAAUGGACGAUAUAACUAAUCUGCCGACUAACGUUCCUUUGAAUUUAGAGGCCAAUGGGGAGUGCGGUUUAGCCUCGGCCAAAUCGUUAGAAACCUUGGAUUCCACCGAAAGGCUGAUACAGGCCCUCGAGUUUUACUCCAAGCAAUGUGAGAUGAUGUGCGAGGAUAAAACUUCAGUCAAAGUUUCUACUACCAGCCAAAAAUCGCUAAGCGCCGACGCUAUAAUCGACGAGGAUGAAGAAGUAGAGAGAAGCGGUGAUGUCGAAAUGAAUGAUGUUUCUGACGACGAAGGAUUUGCGGAAGCAAUUAUGUAUGGCCAAAGUUCUACCAUAGUUCAAUUACCGGAGGAUCUCGGGGAAAACGUCGUCAACGCUGAAGUAAUAACGGAAAGCGAAAUUACGUAUUCUUCGACCACCGAACUCAAAACUCUUGGCCAAAUUUUGCUGGAAAGACAAAGGGGUGCCAAUGGUAACAUGAUGGGGGUGGGGAGAGGAAAACAAGAAAUCAGUCCAGAAAUUUGGGCUCUCAACACUUGUCUCAAGCAAAUUAAAUAUAGUGAACUAGAAUACUCUACGCUCCUGUUACCUCGACAGCACGUCACCAUUCUUCUCGAUCUGCUGUACAAAUACCUGGAACCGUAUAUUACAACAAAUGGCAAUUCCCUAAACUCCUCUACUACCACCUUGAUAGAUGGUCAAUCCUUGGAAAUCACCGUGAAACUUCUAUGUUUCUUACUCAAGACUCAAUACAUGGCCACAUCCUUCGGCUCUAGUUCAACUUCCAAUUUAUCGUUCUCCGUUCCGGACUCGUAUAUUCCGGCCAUUUUGGCGCUAAAAGACAAGAUUUGCUCAUUGGUGAAUGGUUACAAAAACAUUUUGGGUUUCAAUCAAACCGUAUUGCGACAUUUGAAUCUAAGAAUAAAUUCUCAUAAGAGCAAUGAUCGAGAUAAAGGUCUUACAAGUGUAAACGCGAAUUUAAAAUUUAAUAAUCGUCAACAUAAUGAUCAAAAGGGCGGUCUCAAAAGAAAAAAAAAGAGGAACAAAAACGCGCCAAAAUUAUAAUUUUCCUUUUUCUAAUGUUAUAAAUAUAUAGAUAAUGCAAGAGAUUCGAAUGGACCAAUAAAGAG